UGCUUUUCCUGAAAUUAUAUUGGGGUUGUCUCUCUUUCCCCAUUCAUUACGCAGCCCUGCACAGACUCAUUAUACAGUACAGUAUGUCAUUCGGUAAACACAACUGAAGUGAAAGAUAAAACAGAUUUAUGGUUAAUGUUUACCAUCUCAUGUGAUGCGUGGAUCUGUUUGUCUGCUCACCACUGCCAGGAAACAUAUUUAGUCACUGGUGAUCAGUCAACUCUAUGUGAACUCUAAAUGCAGGGAGAUUACAGACAAACAGAACUGUCCUGAUUUGAGGUGGAGUUUGGAUUUUUUACACCAUGAUGAAGCUGGCAUCACAAAACUGGUGUUAAAGCUGUAAUCAGUGGGCUACAUAAACAUGCACUCAUGAUAACUUCUCACAAAUUCAAGAAAACAGCCCCCUCUGAGUAAUUUAAUGCACUUAAAGAAGUUUUACACUCAUGUAAGUCAUUCAUGGAGACACCAGACUACAAGGGACAAAAUCAUGAGGAGCUGUCUUUAAGUCACUCUGAGUUACACCAACCUCUACAAAAGACGCUCAUUAUAAAUAUCAUUAUGGAGACUCGCUUCACCAGAGGCAAGUCUGCUAUUUUGGAGCGGCCUCUGAGCCGACCUAAAACCGAGGUGAGUGUGAGCGCCUUCGCCCUGCUCUUCUCGGAGGUGGUGCAGUACUGCCAGAGCCGGGUGUACUCGGUGUCCGAGCUGCAGGCUCGUCUGGCCGAGCUGGGUCAGCGCGUCGGAGGCAGCCUGCUGGACGUGCUGGUGCUGAGAGAGAAGAACGGCAAGAGGGAGACCAAGGUCCUGAACAUAUUGCUGUUCAUCAAGGUAUCCGUUUGGAGAGCCUUGUUUGGCAAGGAAGCAGACAAGCUGGAGCAGGCCAACGACGACGAUAAGACCUACUACAUCAUCGAGAAGGAGCCCCUCGUCAACACGUACAUCUCCGUUCCUAAAGAGAACAGCACGUUGAACUGUGCAGCCUUUACCGGAGGGAUCGUAGAGGCCAUCCUCACCCACAGCGGCUUCCCCGCCAAGGUCACAGUCCACUGGCACAAGGGCACCACGCUCAUGAUCAAGUUUGACGAGGCGGUGAUCGCCAGAGACAAGGCACUGGAGGGCAGAUAGGAGAGAGGUUUGAUAAAGAAAGAUACUCAGUUUACUUUCAUAGGUCUACAUAAAAAGGGCAUUUGUCAUUUUUUGCUUUAAAAAUUAGUUAAUCAAUUCUCAAAAUUGUUGUCAAUUCACCAUCUAUCACUCUGCUAAUUGAUUAAUUAACUAAUCAUUUCAGUGCUAAGGGAAAGUAUACCGUGUUGAAUGUACUGAAAGUAUCUGUUACUCAGACAUAUUUAUUUAUUACUGAUUCCACUCCUUUGCAAUGGAUUUCCAGGGCAAAUUCAGAAUGUAAACAUUACAAGAAAAUGUCUUACAGCGUGUUGUGCUGCAUCUGAGGCUUUUGUUUUUUUUAGUGCAUCACAUCAGGCUGACACCAAAAACUUCCAAGCCAAUCAGCUGAUGGAAAAUCUUCCAUUUCCCCAAAAAACAUGUGACUGCAUCUGUAUCGACAGGCCUGGAGGGAUUAUAGUUGUAUCCCUGUCAGACUGUCUGUGCAUGUUUGUAUUGAGGGAUCAACACAACACUGCAACAUGGUCUAGCAGGGAUGUGUUCAAAAGGCAGGGCUGCUUUACUCAUGUCACACAUUAAGCCUUUAACAAAAGCAUUAUUGUUGGCAUGUGUUGAAAAAUAAUGCUAAUACCUGUAUUUUUUCUGAUAAAAUGUAAAUAAAGGCAUUAAGAGAU